AUGCUCAGCAUGGGAGUAUCAGCAUCUAGCAGCUGGCCAGAGAGCAUCCUUGUGUCGAUCCCAGUGCAAUCUGAAACGCGAGGUUUCACAUUUCACGACACUAAAGGGCGGUCUAAUGCGACAAGCGACGUUGACAAUAAGCAAAACAAGAUAAAAGUUUUGAGGCGAGACCGUUUGCUGGCACCUGGAAGAAACUAUAUUAACCAUGCUCUUUCAAUGUAUUCUAAGGAUUUGCAAAUUGUAGCACAGCUCAACCAGCACUUUUGCCGGUAG